ACCAAGCUCUCACUUUGUCGCACAGGGCCAGUUAAACAAUGGCUGAUGAGCGUGCUGUUCCCAGCUCUGGGCACAGUCACGACUCUCCAGAGUUGAGGAUCGUGCUGAUAGGUGGCAGAGAAUUAACAGGAGAGCCCAGUAAUAAGAGUCUGAGCGGUAACAUCAUACUGGGUCAAAAUGUUUUUGACACCAGCAGAAGAACUGCCCAGAGUGUGGCGGGGCAGCAGGAGGUGCAUGGCAGACGGGUCACUGUGGUGGAUACUCCAGGCUGGUGGUGGCACUAUCCACUAGAAAACACCCCAAAGCUGGAUCAGAUAGAAAUCCAGAACAGCGUCCAUCUGUGUCCCCCAGGACCUCACGCCUUUCUUCUGGUCUUUCAUCAUAGCUUUUUUUUACCCCAGAUCUUCGUAUCAUCUUUAAAAGAGCACCUGAAACUUUUCCACAAGGAUGUGUUGAAUCACACCAUCAUACUGUUCACUGCUGAAGAUCCAUGGGAUGAAAAAAAUAUCAACUUCAAAAUCAGUAUGUGGUCAGAAAUGCAGUGGAUUCUUGAGCAAUGUGGAAACAGAAAACAUGUCCUCUGUGUGAGUAACAGGGAGGAUGGCAGUCAAGUUGCAACGCUUUGUGAGAAAAUCGAGGCAAUGGUUGCUGCAAACGGAGGCCGUCACUAUCCCAUUGAUCGUGCCCAUGGAAACGCUCUGAGGGAGGAAAUAAAAGCAAUAAGUGACAGAGGAUCAAAGAGGUUUGAUGAGGUGCAGACACACAGAAGGAAACUCAGAACUCUAAUUGAAGGUGGUAAAACCCCACCAGCACAUUUAAGACUAGUGAUGGUUGGUGCUCAGUGGUCAGCCAAGAGCUCGGCUGGAAACACCAUUCUGAGGAAAAAGGCUUUUGCUGUUCAUCACAGAAGAACAACGAUGUCCUGUGAAAUUAAUCACGGCAUUCUGGGAGAAAGGACACUCGCAGUGGUGGAUUCUCCUGGCUGGUUCUAUAACCACACCCUUCAGGACACCUCUGAGACAGAUAAACAUGAAAUAGAGAACAGUGUGUACAUGUGCACUCCAGGACCCCACGCAGUGCUCCUCGUGGUAGGCCUGGCAGCUGCAUUUAAUACAUCCUACCACAGAGCAGUCCAGGAGCACAUGAGUCUGUUUAGGGAUGAUGUCUGGAAGCACACCAUUGUUCUGUUCACUAGAGGUGAUUGGCUGGGAGUGAAGACUGUGGAAGAACGUAUAGAGAGUGAGGAAGGUCUGCAGUGGCUGAUGAAGCAGUGUGGGAACAGGUACCACGUCCUGGACAACAUGAAGCAUAAUGAUGAGAUGCAGGUACAAGAUCUCCUGGAGAAGAUUGAAGAGAUGUGGGCAGGAAAUGAAGACUCACAUUAUGAAGUUGACCCGGACUGUGAAGCACAGCUGGAGGCCAGAAAAGAGGCUGAAGGAAAAUUAGCUAGAAGGAUCAGAAAGACCACUGAAAGACAAUCAAGAAUACUGGGAAAGUUAUUUGAAGGAGAGAGGCUGACAAUCACUGACCUGAGGAUUGUACUGCUUGGCAGAGAGGAAUCUGGGAAGAGUAUGGCAGGAAACAAAAUCUUUUUCAAAACGAUAUUUGAGAGAAGUUUGUUGAAAAAGGAAUUCCAGGACCAGAGAAGAACAGAAAAGUGUGUAAAGCAUGGAGGAUAUUUUGGUAGGAUAAAUGUUGCUGUCGUUGAGACUCCAGGCUGGCCUGCAGACACGACGGCUCCUGUCUGGCUAAAAGAAGAAGUUCUCCGCAGCGUCUCCAUGUGCGCUCCAGGCCCUCAUAUUUUUCUGUUGGUUGUUCCCAUUUCCAAAGCAUUCACAGAGGAAGACCACAAAGCACUGGUUGAGCUUUUGAUGCCCUUUGGAGAGAGAGUGUGGAGACAUUGCAUGGUGUUGUUCACCUGGGGAGACUGGCUGAAUGACAGACUCAUUGAGGAGCACAUUGCAGGAGAGGGAAAAAGCCUCCAGUGGCUGGUGGAAAAGUGUGGGUACAGAUACCAUGUCCUAAACUGCCAUGGUUUGGGUAAUCAUUUUCCUGUCAGACAGCUCUUCCAAAAAAUCAUUGAUUUGAUCACACAGAACAAGGGACAAUGUUUCACUGCUGAAAGCAAACAAGGGAAAAAACAGUCUGUGCUGACAGAAGAAGAGUGGAACAGCAGGGAGCAAGAUCUGAUAGACCGAAUGUUGAGAGCUGUUGCAAAUGAACCAGAAGAACCAAGACAACCAUUUGUGAAGCGAGGAGCCAGCUUGGAUGGAGUUUUCAUUCCAAGCAUGAGCGGAGACGCUCCCUCAGAGUUUGGGAACAUGCCAGAACUUUGGAAUCAAAGAGCACGUGCCAAAGUGUCUGAAUGGCUGAAGACCAGAGCUGGAAACUCUGACGUCACCUCAGGGAUUGGCAGCAUGAGCGCCUCAGCCAGUCACGUGGAUGAAAGUCCUCUGCCUGAUGAAAACGAUUAGCCAACGAGUUCUGUGAAACAUUAAAUAGUUUGAAAAUAAUAAUA